AUGGCAGGCCAAGCCUCCGAUCUGCCCAUGCCUCCCCCCGAGCGUCUGGGCGUCCCUUCACGGAAUCCGCUUCCGCUGUCCGCCUCCCAAGAGUCCCAAGUGCGCGACAUUUACUAUGCGCGCGUCCGCAAGCAAUGCGCCGACGAGAUCAAAGCAUUCGCCGCUUGUGCCCUCGGCCGCACAUUCACCGUCUCGUUUGCCUGCCGCGCCGAGCACCGCGCCAUGAACGGCUGCAUGAAGCUGCACGCCAACCAGGCCGAGCACGACGCCGCCCGCGAGGAGUGGUUCGCCAUGCGCAUGGACCGCCAGCGCCAGCGCGAGGCCAAGAACAAGGUCGCCGUCGCCCAGGAGGAGUUUAUGCACGACUGGUGGGGUCUGCCCGAGGACGUGCGGCUGUCGCGGCAGAGGGAGGCUGAGAAGAACGGCAGCAAGCUUCAGGAGAGGAUUGGCGGCAUGCCGGCCAAGGAUCGCCCGCUCGACGGGAGCCGACGAUGA